AUGGAUUCUCCUUUAACAAUAACACAGAUGCCUCCUGGGAGAAAUAAACUUAAACAUACUAUUAAAAAUAAGAGGAUUCAUUUCCAAUAUACUGAAGAAGCAUUGGCACAAGCUGUCCAGGCCAUAAGAACAGAAAAUAAAAGCGUCAGAGAGGCCUGCCGUCACUAUGGUGUCCCUCGCUCAACAGUUCAAGAUCGAAUUUCCGGCAGAUCUAAAGAACAACCUCGAAAAGUAGGUCCAGAGCCUAUACUAGGCAUUGAUGGUGAGCAAAAAGUUGUAGACUGGAUUACAGAAUUAGCCAAAUGUGGGAUUCCUGUGAGCAAAGAGGUAUUGCUGGAAAAUGUUGCAAAAAUAAUUAAAAAUAUUGGAAGAGAAAAUAAGUUUCCAGAAGGGCGACUGGGACAGACAUGGUACCAAAAUUUUCUUAGAAGGCAUCCGGAGAUUAGCGUACGUGAACCUGAAAGUAUUAAUAAAGACAGAGAGGCGAUCAUUAAUAGAAACAAUAUAAAACCUAAUAUCCCAAAAAGAAAACAAACAAAAGCCAAAGAAAGUGAUAGUGAUAUUAUAAAUACCGAUAAAGAUAUAGAAAUCAAUAUUAAGAAGACUAAAGUAAUCGAAAAGACUGAUAAAUUGAAUAUUAUAAAGAAAGUUGAUAUAAAAGAAAUAAAUAAAAUAAGUGAAGAUAAGAUUGAUAAAGAAAUGUCUCAUAAAAGUGAAACAGCUAUAGAUGUAACUAAAACCAUUCCCAGCGAUGAAACUUUUAAGAGAUACGAUAUUUAUGAAGAAGAUGAGGAUGAUCACGAAUUUGAUAUUUUU